AGACAUGGCAGCGCUGAGACAGGAGCGUCGGUAUGGGCUCUCCUGUGCAAAAAUCAACAAAAACGUUCCAAAUAAAUCUCUAUAUCACGUCAAGCUAACUGAUACCGCCAUUCGAACGCUUGAAGCAUAUCAGAAUCUUAAGGGAUCCUUACCAAAUCAGCCAGCAAUUUCCUUCAAGGGGAGCCAGGGGUACAUCAAGAUCCCCGCCCCGUCCCCAGAUGCCUCGGACGCACUAAGGGUAUUUUCCUUCUACCUGUCCAGUGAUAGCAAGGACAAACCUCAGGCCAGCUUCGACUGCAUACACCAGUAUGUCUCAAGGGAGGGCAGGGAGCACCUGGAGGGCCAGGGCAGUAUUCAGGACAAGAUCACUGUGUGUGCCACUGAUGACUCGUACCAGAUGACUCGGGAGCGCAUGUCUCAGGUGGAGAAGGACAUCAUGAGCAGGUCGGCCAUCGAGAUCAAGCCAGGCUCCACACGUGGUAAAUGUGUGAAGAUCCAGAGGAAGCAGGGCCUGUCGUCAAACAUGGACAGCAGCAGCAACAGGCACUCCCCCAGCAGCAAGAGGAGCGGGGCCCCCAGCCCAGUGGCCCUCAGGCCCCUAAGAGACCGCAUCAUCCACGUCCUUGCCUUGAAGGCCUACAGGAAGCCUGAGCUUCUGCUGUGGCUGGAGAGGGAGAGGGCCAGUCCUAAGGACAAGGCUGACCUGGGAGCAGUACUGGACGAGGUUGCUAAACUGAAUCCCAAAGACCACAGCUUUACUCUGAAGGAUGAGUUCUACAGUCACGUCCAGAAGGAUUGGCCCGGUUACCUAGAGGAAGAGAAGCAGCUCAUCCAUAGGCUCCUGGCCAGGAAACUGCAGCCACUGAGCUUCAGUAGCCAGUUGAAGAGUUUCCAGUCAAACCAUUCAUUCCACAAAACCCCUGGGGAUUCUCCGUCACAACUCAGCCCAGUCAAGACUCCCUCUGUGAAACGCCCCUUGCCCUCCGACCUAUUUGAUUUUCAGACCCCCAAGAAGCAAAGACUAGAUCACAGUUUACCCCUGCAGUCGCCUUCCAAUGGACACCUUGGUCCCAUUGGAGCCCGUAGCUCAUCUGGUCCAGGCAACACCAGUGUACAGACCAAAACAGAGUUUGAGAGAACCAACAAUCAUGUCCAGGGAAGCCCUAAUGGUCUCUACACACGGCACAAACUGGAUGGUUCCUCCAGUAUUCCCAAGCUGGAGAGGACAGAGCCGGUCCCAGCAGUACCAAGCCCCAAGGCCCCACAAACUGAGCCCUCCAUCUGCACUGACCAGCAGCUAGCUGACGGCCAGCACAAAAAGAAGAAGUCCAAGAAGCACAAAGACAAGGAACGGGAACACUUAAAACAAGACUGGAUAGAGAACAGUCCCGACCUGAAGCAGAACCAGGAACAUCUCAAUGACCAUGAGGGGGCUAAAACACCUGUCACUCGUACGUCACCGGAGGAGCUGUCCGACUAUUUAAUAAAGUACAACACCAUCACAGCCUCAGAGCAACGGCAACAGUACAAGGAGGAUUUCUGUGCGGAGUAUGAUGAGUACAGGGCCCUGCACCACCGGAUCGGUACUAUCACAGAGAUGUUUGUUCAGCUGGGCUCAAAGAUCAACACUCUGUCCCCCGGUACACAGGAAUACAAGCUCAUGGAGGACCAAAUACUGCAGAAAUACAGAAAAUAUAAGAAAAAGUUCCCUGGUUACCGGGAAGACAAGAAGCGAUGCGAGUAUCUGCAUCAGAAACUGUCUCACAUCAAAGGUCUAAUCCUGGACUAUGACUGUACCCAGGGCCCUUCAUAGUGACUGGCCUGCACCCUGCUGCUCCAGGGUGUUACUGUAUCAAUGGACCAAAAGACUCCUCAUGGACCAAAAGACUGCCCAGGCGAGCCUGGGUCUGGAGCGUCAUGGACUUUAAUCACAUAUGAAUCACACAUUCACUUUACUCCUCCCAGUGUUGAUGGAAAAGAGAAGAGAGGUUCUCGUAUAUGAAGUGGGCCAAGACCAGCGACUCGUGAUGAAAUGAAUCGUUGUUGAGGACGAGUGUUGUUGUUAUGGCUGUCAAUUUAAGCCAAAUUCCUUUUUCUACCCAUAAUGUUAAUGUACAAAAAGUAUUUGAUCCCCUGCUGAUGUUGUACGUUUGCCCACUGACAAAGAAAUUAUCAGUCUA